AUGGCAACGGCGCAAUCUGGCAUGUUCCAGUGCGGCUCUUGUAAGAAGAACUACAAGCGCCUGGAUCACCUAGCUCGUCACGUACGAUCCCGUAUGUUCCUCCCGUUCCAGGGCUGGCUCUUACACCCAGACCAAGCCUUACAAGUGCCAUGUCUGCCCAAAAGCCUUUACAAGACCGUAGGUACACCCAGGCUUAUCAUCGUAACUCACUACUCGCUGGCUAAGACUGCUCAAAGGGACCUGCUCAAGAGACACGUUGCCGGACACAGCUCCCAAGCCGGGGACGCUACAGAAGGCUCCAUCGAACAGCCCCGCGAGGAAAAGCCAUGCCGGCGCUGCCAAGGGAAAGGCAUCGAGUGCAAGUCGAACGACUCCAUGGAACUAGAUACAACCUUUCCCUCGCCAGAAGCCGGUCAACAACCCGAUGAGACUAUCUUUGCCCAAGAUGACGGUUCCUCUGUUAUGGGCAAUUUCGUCGAUACGGGUACCAUGGGAGCAGCGUCUACCUCGGCAGUCAUCGGUGACCAGCCUGGGUUGGAAAUUCUUACCCCUCAGACUACACAUAACAUGCUGCAUAACCUUGAUGCAUCCAUCGGUGCCGACGCCAAUGGUCUCUACCAGUACCCAGAUCUCAAUCUCUUGUCAGGACACUGGGCUUCCGCUAGCACAAGUGACAUUGACAUGAGCUCUUACAAUGCGCUUGACGACAUGGAUCUGAGGUUCCUAGAUGCCUAUAACAUCAGCAUCCCAUUCGAAGUUAGCAGUGUCCAUCCAACCCCAACAGGCGCGCAGACACCCCACGCUGCGUCGCACACGGACCCCGGCCAGCCCGCCGCUAUGUGCACCGAGGCCUUCCAAAAUUCUCACUGGAAGUUCCGCCCUAAUGCAAAGGAUCAUUCUGGAGCCGAGGAGCAUAAUCUCUCUCUUCCCGCAGCAAACUCCGCCUACCCUUCCCCAGAGUCUGGAGUUGCACUGAACCUAGACACAAGGAUCACGUGUGCAGAGCUAGGGAAUCUUGUCCGAGACAAGAUCCUGAUGAUGGUUGUCAACAGCUGCCAUUCGGAUAAUUUGUCAAAGGCAGUCGCUUCUUUUCCGUCUGCUGGGCUACUGGAUACGCUGUUACAGUACUACUUGACCUCACCUGUGACGCAUGCAACGUCAUUUUUGCAUGCUGCUUCAUUCGAUCCCAACGAGAAAAGACCAGAGCUGGUAGCUGCCAUGGCGGCAUGUGGAGCAGUGUUGACAUCUGACCCUGCACUAUCUAAACUUGGCUAUGCUAUACAAGAAUGUUUACGGAUCGCAAUAUCGAAGCGUUGGGAACGUGAUAACACACUCGUUCGAGAUCUUGAGCUCUCUCAGGCUUUUCUGAUUAUUCUUGAGAUGGGUAUCUGGAGCGGACUCCCCCGCAAGGUUGAGAUCGCCGAGAGCUUCUUCCAUCCCGUGCUCACGAUGAUGCGACGCGAUGGAAAGUUCAAACGGUCAGCGUAUCCGGACACCAAUUCUGGAGAUAGUCAGGUCAUAGUUUCGCGGGACGAAUGGCUCAAGUGGGUGGAAGAUGAGUCUUCUAAGCGGCUCGUCUUCAGAAUGCUCUCUCACGACGCAAACUCCUCCAUAGCCCUUCUGGUCAAUCCGGCAAUAUCCUAUGCGGAAGUUCUCCUACCACUCCCGGGAAAUACAGAUCUCUGGACAGCGGCAUCUCCCGAACAGUGGAGCUCGUUCAUCUCCGUACAAGACCCCGGCGAGCCCCUUUACGUUGCAGAUAUUAUCGACGAUCCCGGCAUUCUCAAUAAUCGUGCGAGGUCGCUGGAUAUAUACGUUGCGAUUGACGCUGUGCUUGCAUGCACGUGGGCCAUGUGUUGGGAGUAUCUCCAGCUCUCCUCUCUGCAGAGAUCGCGACCACACAGGUGGAACGUCCUUGUUACAGAGAUGAGGAAGGACGAGCUUCUGAAAUUGCUAAAUCAUCUCAAACUAAGCUUGCCGUCUGAUGAAUUGGCGGAUCCAGAAAUACUGAUGCGGCUGGAGUUAACCCUGUUGCAUUUACAGAUGCCAUUUGAGGAUAUCCAGAUCUUUGCGGGUAUGGAAGGCCCGGAACGCGCCCGUGCUGUCUACCCAAUGGUCCGCGACUGGGUCAAGAGUGAAGCAGCGAGACACACAAUUUGCCACGCAGCCCAGAUCGUUCGAAUUGCCAAGCGAUUGCCCAAGGGGGUUAUACGCAGCCCUCUAGCAAUUAUGCUUUACCACGCUAGUUUAGCAUUCUGGGUCUAUGGACUGCUCUCCAACCAGUCUUCAGGGAUAUCCAGAGCGCCCAGUCAAAAUGUGUGUAUUGAUGACACGGACAGCAUUGCCUUGCAAAGGUUCAAAGGCUUCGGGCAAGGUCAACCGUGUAUAGGAUGGCGUUCGGAGAUACCCGGUGAAGAUGAUGUGGUAAUCAGCGUACCGCUAUCACAACCAGAUAAGGUCAUGGAGGCUGUCAUGGGAAUUGUACGAACAAACUUUUCAGGAUUGCCCAUUCCACAUCUUACAGAGAGACUGGUUCAACUAAUGGCUGAGCUUAAGAACUCGGCGAAGAGGAAGGUAGCUGCUUGA